UCCGCUCCGCUCCCCUCACGGCGGGGCUGGGGCUGGGGCUGGGGCUGAGGCGGGACAGCGGCGGCGGGCGGCCCCCUCCCCUUCCCCGCCGCCACAGGUGGCCUCUCGCCGCCCGCCUCAGCGGCUCCCCCUGCCCGCGGCUCCCGUCCGCCCGCCCCGGCAGCAGCAGCAGCAGCAGGAGGAGGAGGAGGAGGAGGAGGAGCACCGAGCCGAGCCGAGCCGUGCCGAGCCGAGCCGUGCCGUGCCCGGGCGGCGCUGCAGAGGGCGGAGCGGGCUCCCGGCUCGGUGCUCCCGGCGGGCGGCGCUGCUGCGUCGCUGUGCGAGGGAGGCGCCGCGGGGCCGGGCGCCGGGCUGCGGGCUCGGGGGUGUGAGCGGCCGGGCAGGGCGCCCCCAGGAUGCUGCGGUUCCUGCGCAGGACCUUUGGCCGCCGCUCGAUGCAGCGCUACGGGCGAGGGGCCGGCCGCGGAGCCGGCCGCGGGGGGCUCGGCGGCGAGGGGGACGAGCGGGACGGGGGGCUGCGAGGAGCCGCUGCCGCCGCGGGCUCCGGAGGCUUCCCCUCAUCGCCGCACCCCGCGGGGGUCUCGCACGGCGCCGGAGCCCCCGUGCACAUCCCGGCCGCCGGCGGCAGCAAGCCGGUGCUGCAGUGCCGCGUCCUGCUGCUGGACGGCACCGAGGUCAGCGUGGAGCUGCCGCUCUCAGUAGUGCCUUAUUAUGGAGCUUCCCAACCUGAAAAUGUAGUUCAGUCUUUCUGUGUUUCCUCAAGGACAAAGAGGCAAAAGGGAAUGCAGAAACAUGCAAAGGGACAGGAAUUAUUUGACCAGAUUGUAUAUCAUUUGGACCUUGUGGAAACUGAUUACUUUGGCCUACAGUUCAUGGAUGCUUCCCAGGUUACGCAUUGGUUGGACCAUUCUAAAUUCAUUAAGAAGCAAAUAAAAAUUGGACCUCCGUACACAUUGCAUUUUCGAAUUAAGUACUAUUCAUCAGAACCGAACAACCUUCAUGAGGAGUUUACAAGGUACCUGUUUGUAUUACAGCUCCGACAAGACAUUCUUUCAGGGAAACUGAAAUGCCCGUAUGAAACUGCUGUUGAACUAGCAGCUCUGUGUCUCCAAGCUGAGCUGGGAGAGUGUGAACACCCAGAGCACACACCAGAACUAGUGUCUGAAUUCAGGUUUGCACCAAACCAGACUGAAGCAAUGGAAUUUGACAUUUUCCAGAAGUGGAAAGAGUGCAGGGGAAAGAGCCCAGCGCAGGCUGAAUUGUGCUACUUGAACAAAGCAAAAUGGCUAGAAAUGUAUGGUGUAGAUAUGCAUGUAGUUAAGGGAAGAGAUGGUUGUGAAUAUGCUCUUGGACUGACGCCAACAGGCAUAUUGAUCUUUGAAGGAGCAAAUAAAAUAGGCCUGUUCUUUUGGCCUAAAAUCACAAAAAUGGACUUUAAAAAGAGCAAACUAACACUUGUGGUUGUAGAAGAUGAUGAACAGGGCAGAGAGCAAGAGCACACAUUUGUUUUCCGGUUAGACAGUGCCAAAACGUGCAAACAUUUGUGGAAGUGUGCAGUGGAGCACCAUGCUUUCUUCAGACUACGAGCCCCAGCAAAUAGUAAAUCUAGUAGAUCUGACUUCAUAAGGCUGGGAUCACGCUUCAGAUUCAGUGGGCGGACAGAGUAUCAAGCCACACAUGGGACAAGGUUACGCAGAACUAGCACGUUUGAAAGACGGCCCAGCAAGCGAUAUCCUUCUCGAAGGCAUUCAACGUUUAAAGCAAACAAUCCUGUGAAAGCAGCACAACUGUGUGCUAAAAAUACUCCUGAAGUUCAUAAUUACCAGCCACAGUAUCAUCCUAAUAUACUUCCUGCUCAGCCACACUGGCAUCCACACACCCCUGUGAAUGUAAGCUAUCCCUUGAACAACAGUGAUCUGCAUCAGUUCAACAUUGAGGAGAAUGGUGGAACACCAUAUAGUGCAAAAAUACCUGCAAGGCACCACCACCACCACCGUCAUCACCACCACCACUCUAAUUAUGGCGCCCUUGCUCCUGACAGCAAAGAAAUUGUUUCUGGAGUUCCAAAUCCAAAUAAAUUGAGCUCAGGACUUCCCCUUCUUUAUGAUGAAACUUCUCAUCUGAAGAAAAUAGAAACGGAGAGCGUGAAGGUAGUUGGACCAUGGCCAGCCCUGCAUGUCAGCAUGAACAAGGGUGAAGAGAAAAAGGUACCUGAAAAGACUCUUCAUGCCCCUGUGUCACCUUCCUCUGUACCUGAUCAUAUGAAGUGCAACAUCCUUAAAGCUCAAGUAGAAGCUGCUUUUAGAGUAGGCACCCAGCUGGAGAAUCAAACUACAGCAUGCAUGGGGAUGCUUGGAACCGAAUCCAGGAGCACGCUGCUGCAGACACCACAGGCUGUGAAAGAAGAGACCUCUUUUGUAAAUCCCAGUAAGACCUCCAGCCUGCAGGACCCUAAUGUAAGAAGUCCAGUUCCAGUGCGACCUGAAACUACGCCAUCAACUGGCCCUACAGAAAAGCAGGAAAUUAAAGUUUCUCGUGUGAGAAAGUUAACCAGACAGUACAGCUUUGAUGAAGAUGACCUUCCACCAGCACUGGCGGCAGCAGCAGCGGCAUCAACCUCUGUGUCUUCAGCAUCUCCCGGGUCGCAGAAAACUUGUACACCACAGACAUCAGAAGGACAAACACAGGUUUCACCUGGUGGCAAGAGUUCCACAGAUGCUGGGAGUACUUUUGCUUUGGAGCCAGGUGACCUUCUGAUGGAUUUCACAGAGGCCACACCUAUGAUAAAGACAUUCCCUGCUGAUACAUCUAAUCCUUUUUUCGAUCCUUUUACAACAGUACCACAGUUUUCUGCAGAAUUUACGGACAGCAAAUUGCAGUGCUGCGCGGUGCAGUCGUCGCCUAAGCUAUCACCAGUAGCUCCAUCGCCCGUCCUGAGAUCUCUGGCAGAGACUAUACCGACUCCAACGGUGCAGACAAUAUACACGUCACACAAACCAAUUUCCCUGGCGGACAGCGCUGAGACUCUGAGGCGUGAACUUGAGAGAGAGAAAAUGAUGAAAAGACUCUUGAUGACAGAAUUAUGAAAUUCUCGCUUCCGUCAGAUGGAGAAUGGAUUGGGGCCUUUCAUGUGCCUUCUGUCUGUUUACAUUCCUCUGCUUCUGUGUACUCAACAUAAUGCAUCGGGAAAACGUGUGAUAUUCCUGACUCGCCUGGAUUCACCACGGUUGGUUAAAAUUAAGUCUCGGCUAGACUUUAACUUGAAGGAGUUUCUUUAUUCGUUUGCUGCUGGGAAAUAAACCUUCAAUCCUUUGUCUCUCCCGAGAUUUUAUACUAUUAACACAGUUAAUUUCAGGUUUGGUUUUGGUAAAUCUAGGGCAAAAAGGAUCAGCAAGGAGCAUACCGAUUUCUAUUGGGAAACACUGUUCUGUACAUAUGUUAAUAAGUGCACAGAAAUUAAUGUUAUGCAGAAUAUUUUGAUAGUAACAUAGAAAAUAUGUCAUUUUGUACAACUGAAAAUUGCAACGAGCUACUGCUAUUUGUUAAAGAAUCAUUUUUAAAGCAGAAGAAUGAUUAUUACAUCCUAACCCCAGGACUGUUAGUCUCCACAGAAAAACGAAUGGCUGUCUUAUUAAAUUCCUAACCUUAACCUUUACUCAGAGAUAUAAAUAGCUGCAAGGGGGAGGACACCCCUCCAUACAGGUAUACACACCCAACGCUCCCUAUAGUCCGCCAUCUUGACCUAAACCUGAAACUAAAUCUUACUUUAUUUCCAUUAAAGAUUAAAAAAAAACAGUUGUUUAAAGUAAUUUGCUACUGACUUUCUAGCUUGAUACUGACUUUUUUUAACUCAGUGGGAAGUUUUUAACUUCUCCAGGUUGCCUAGGCACGAGGGCCUGCCCACACUCAGAGGGCUUCUGCCCUGCGCUGGAGGUUGCAGAGCCACAUCAGCGUGGGCACAGCUUAUACAGAGAGGGUGUUUUCCCUCCUGGAUAGACAAGCCACCUUCCUGACCAGCAGUAAUGGAUGGAUCACAUUAAAAAAUAACAAUAGUUUGUGGCCUAGCUGUGUCUCUACCCAUUUUUCACACUACUAAUCAGCACAUCCCUUAGGGGCAAGGCCUUGAAGGUUGGCUUCAUGCACGCAGGCCGCCUGCACUUGUGGUGGAAAUGUCUCAAGCACAAGGUUCGGUGGUGGGUGUUCCCCUGUUAGCAGGACCUCAAGGAGUGUGUUUGUGGCAUGCAGGUAACGUGACCAAGUUUCCUAUUUAAAAAUAAAUUUUAAAAAGUAGUUCUCCUUUUCCCCCUGUUCAGCAGUGCAGGGUUAUCUACAAAGCCACCACCAACUGACCAUCAGCUACAAGGUACUAUUCCAACAGGAAAGAUUUUGUGCGUUUUGUAUGGCUGAAGAUGUUUAUUUUUCUGUUACUCUGUACACUGUGUUCUCUGGUUUGUAUUAAGAUAAAAGAUUGUCCUUAAUUUGGUACUGAUUAUGAUGGCUUUAUCUCAGGUUAACCUGUUUGCUUGUGUGGAGGCUGGGAAGGGACUGCUGUGAGACUGAGUUUCCUUCAGAGUUAGCUAGUGCUCUUUUGCUGAAAUGAGAUAAUCUUGAGAGCAUUAUAGGACUGUGGAUUGCAAUGUCAGAGGUAUAAAAUGACUUGUCUAUUUCAUAUUUACUGGGACAAGAAACUAGCAUUAGGCUCCCCAGUUCAAAUCUGGCAACCCCAAACCUUUCCCGUUGCCAUAAGAUGGGGCAAAAUAGACAGCGCAAGUGUUAGGUAGAAACCUGCAAUGCAAAAUGUAAUGAAGUAGCUCAACAUGAGGAAUGGGCACAAGGAGUCAUGGAAACACACCUGGAUUGCAGAUUUCAGAGCACUAAAAUGACUUUGCUGGGUAAUCAGAUACAACCUGUACACCGUCCAUCUUUUAGUUACAGUGCCAAGGCAUUUUUGUUCCUUAUGUUUUCAUGUACCUCUCCAUCAAUCCAAGGUUAUUAAAAAUUAACUAGGAACUUUAAAUCCCUGUGAAGAGAUCAGAAAAGAGGGGAAAAUCAUCUGUUUCUCAUUGCUCUCUGCUCACCUCCUCCCAGAAGGUGCUGGUUGAGGGAGAAGCAACAGAACCUUUUGUCUGCAACCAAGUAAAACUGAGCAUUGAAAGAAUAAGUAAAAGAAGAUUCUAAUCAGAGAUGCUGUUUUGGGAGAGGAAAGCAAAGUAGUUUUAAGAAUGGCACAACACUGACCCUAGCUGAAUCUGGUCUGCUGCCUGCUGUUAGACAGCCCCCAGUUGUAUGUGAGCUGGCAGCUGUUUCACAAAGUCAUUAUCAAGAAAAAAAUAGAAGAAAACAGAUCUGAGCAGACCCUUUGGUUGUACUGAUUGCCUUGGAAUGGACAUUAGGAACCCUGCAAUAUGCCUUCAGGUCUGGGGACAGACAUCCAAUUACCUGCAUUGGGGCAGUCUGGUCACAUAUGCAAAAGCCUUUAGCGAAACGGAAUGCCUGACUCAGACCAGCCCAUCUGAUUUUCUGGCUCUUAAACGAGCUGUUAGUUUAUUAUUUUAAAUGCAGCGUUUUACUCCUGUUGUAUAAAAAUUCUUAAGCUGAACUGCUCAGAACUCGAAAAAAAAAAAACAUGAACCAAGGUGACUUUGCGGUGGCCAGGUCUCCGCAGCUGGGGCAUGCUCUGGCGUAGCUGGGAGAGAGCAGAGUCCUCCCUCCUUGGUGCCCCCAGAUGGAGAGGGAAAGGCUCGUGUGGCCACUUGGUUCCAGUGGGAUGGGUCCCGCAGAACAACCCCACAUAUGUUGCCUUGUCUUGUUUUAGUGUCUUAUCCACUGGCUGCCACUGUUCGCUAUUCUGCAGUCUAAUGGAGCUUUAUUCAAAAUGUUUGACUGAUACUGAACUCGACUUUUAACUGCAGAAUGUCAUCAUGUUGUUCUUUCUUACUACGUCCUUUCUUCAGCCACGCUUAAGCGUCUCAGUUUUCACAUCCUUUGAAUAAACACUCCUGCCUCGCCUCUGGUUGGGAAUUACAGUGUCAGGACACCUGUUACCCAAAACUACUGCAAACAAGACAACGUCAAUGUGAACGUAGCCGAGGGGCGCAUAGUCUAGAUUUGCCCCUAGGCUUUAACUUUACAGGUGUUAAAGGAUACUCUGCCUGAAGGUAUGUCUAUAUAAUAAUGCAGAGGUAUCUGAGCUAGCUUUAAUGAGCUUGCAUAUGUAGUUGUGGCAGCAUGAAGCCCAGCACAGGCUAUCAUUAUCAUGUACAUUGACACGUGUAAAGAUAACGCAUUUAAACAGCAGUCUUCUGAAGCAUGGUCUCCAGAGCUGGUGACAAAAAGGGGUAGCUGAAAGGAGUCUGUCUUUUCAGCUCUCCUGGGAAAGGGUUCAUCUCACCUAACGUUACGUGCCCAACUCUCGCCUGAAGAGAGGUGAGAGGGACUGCCUUCUGGAGGUGCCUCUGACUUAAAAGUCUACCUUUGUAUUGCUUAAAGUUAAGUGAGAUGAAUCCUGCUCUCGGUCCCUCUGGUUAGGUCUACAUUGCAAGCCCUUGCCAACACGGCUCCAUCAUCCAGGGGUCCUUUGAGGUAUGAUUUGUGAUUGACAUAGCUCUGCCAGCAAAAGCCUUGCACGUUAGGUGUAAAUACACCACCAAAAACACCCUGUUGUCAGAACAGCUUUUAUCCCUUACGGGGAGAGCAGAGAGCUGGGAUAGCUUACAGUGGCAAAAGCUCGGAGGCAUCAUUAGGGCUGUGUCCAGUCUGGGAGCAGCUGGUGGCAAAACCCCCUGCUAUCGCCACGCCAGCAAAGCCCACCCGGGGUAGUGCCCCGGGGUGCUCCGACCCCGUCAGCAGAGCCCAGCUUUCAUGUGUGAAGUCGCAAAGUGGCAGAACGCAAUGUUGUCGUGCUUGGGUGAUUCCAGCAAAAUUUAUUGGCCAUUUAAAUAGCUAUGCAAGGAGUUGAAUAUUUUCUCAUGUUGCAGUCUCUCAUGGGAGACAACCAGUUGUGGUUUAGUUUUGUGCGGUUCUGGUGUUUUCACCAUUUUGUUUUAAAAGGAAUAACCAGGUUUUCUUAAUAAAUGCUGUUUGAGAUCCCAAAUCUCUAUCAGAUCCCACAGUGUGUGCAGAUUUUUCACGUUUCAAAUGUGCUCAGACCCUGAAAGUGCAAUGUUUGAAAAUUAACUCCUCAAGUUUCAGCUCAUGGCUUCACAACUCUCUUGCAACAGGUUGCCUACGUGCCCAUUUGAAACAGAGCUGGCAAUGCAGUGAAAUGUUUCACUGGAGGCAGCAUCAUGUUUUGUUUGAACUGUUUACAAAUAUCCUGUUUUUCUUUUCUUUUUUCUUUUCUUUUUUUUUUAUUUAUUUCUGAAUACAUUUCUGGUUCAUUGGCUACAAAAACCUAUUCGUAAUUAUGCAAUGGAAUAUUGUUUCUUUCUUUUCCCUUUCUUUUAUUUUUUUUAAAUCUUUUUUUUUUUUUUUGAUGUCCUGAUGUUCAAGGAGUUUGCAAUAAAUAUACUGGUGCUGAUCUGUAAUUGCAUGUAAGAUCAGCCUCACAACUGUGUUUUGUAAAGUUAAGUGCCGUAAAAGAACCUGCAGGGAGGAGGAGGGAAGGGAGCAAGUAAGUGGAGGAGAAGGCUUCUUUGGCAGCUGCAGCUUUGACUGGUGGGUAGCAGCUUUAAAGAAAGAUUGCUCACAUCGUUUUGUUCCAUCGUAGUAGCAGCGUGUAUCACCAGACAGUAUUCAAUGGCAUUUUGUUGAAAACAUUCUUGGAGAGAAACUUUUACGGCUCAGCUGUUUACCUGUUCCUGUAUUCAUGCC